GACACAAAAAUGUUAAAAAUAUGCAUAUUUUUUAGCGUCUUAUGUUCUACUGUGAUGUGCCAAGAAAACUGGGGCAGCAGGGCCUGCAUGGUGAACCCUCAGGGAUACUACGCACAAGUCAUGCAGGAGACGGUCACAGAACUGGAGAACGAAGUGAGGUGGAGUAACUUCAAGAUGGAUGAUCUUACUACACCGGUUGACAUCGAACUCUACAACUGGCACGUGGUCGGCACAGUCAACUUUACCAACGGGUUCCUCGUCUCAAUUGAGAACAUAGACAUUAGCAACUUCAUACCUAACAUCGGCACAUCAACAGCUACUUUAAGAGGAAACUUAAACUUCCACAAUAUGAAAGUGGGCUUUGAUGUGGCCAUCGAUUUCGAGGGGCAUGAGUUAACACGAGUCACAGGAGUCUUCGUUUAUAGAAUUGUAUCUUGGACUUAUUUCUUGACACGUAACCUUCUCACGAACGAGACCACAAUAACCUCAUUGGGCGCCUCUGCCAGCGGCGCCUCCACACGCAUGGAGUUCCUCCCCGCCAGCAACCUCACAGAAAUCGCUUCUAGAAUGUACUUCGCCUAUUCAAGUUCGGAUUCAUUCCCGCGAUGGGGACGCGAGAUUCAAGAAGUGGUGCUGCGGAAGGCGCAAGAAAUUGAAUUCCCAGAGAUACGCUUCGACAACAACUGCUAAAAGGCUGUUAUGUACUUUAUUAAAGGCUAAAUCUAAAGAUGUUUUUAUGUCCAAAUCAUUAUCAGAAUCUAGAAGAUUUUACAAAUAUUAUGUG